CUUUGUGAUUGGCGAGACGGAUAGGGGGCGGAGCUUGGGGCGGGUACGGCCGGGGCGCUUGCUCUCGGCCCGGCGUGGUGAUCCGGCCGGCGGCAUUGGCUGGGCCUCCUGUUGCAGUAAGAGGCAAGAGAAGUACUUUGAUCUGCUAGGGUAUCAGAAAUGAGAGGAUUUGCGUCUGCAAAACCAGUGGCUGUCACAGGCGGCUGUUGGAGACCAGACUGAGCCGGCCACUUCGUGGUGUAAGAACACAACCUUAUUUCUGCCUGGCUCAUUUUUCUCCAGGCACAAAUACUUCCCUGUGCCGGAGUGUCAUGGAAGGGCUGCUGACAGGAUGCAGAGCACUGCCUCCUCUGGCCAUCUGCAGCCACCAGCUCCCUGGGUGCAUUCCUCACAGGUUUCACUACUGUGCCCCAGGGAAAGGGAAGCGCUUGGUGCUCUCUCGUAUGUUCCAGCCCCAGAACCUUCGGGAAGACCAGGUGCUCUCUCCUGAAGGUAAAUCUGGUAGUCUGACCUGUAAGAGCCAGCGGCUGAUGCUACAGGUGGGUCUGAUCCACCAAGCAAGCCUGGGCUGUUACCACCUCCUGCCUUAUGCUGUCCGUGCCAUGGAGAAGCUCAUGCGAGUAAUAGACCAGGAGAUGCAGGCCAUUGGGGGGCAGAAGGUCAACAUGCCCAGCCUUUGCUCAGCAGACCUCUGGCGAGCCAGCAACCGGUGGGACUUGCUGGGCAAGGAGCUGCUGAGACUUCAAGACAGACACGGCAAGGAAUACUGCUUAGGACCAACUCACGAGGAAGCCAUUACAGCCUUGAUCGCCUCCCAGAAGACACUGUCCUACAGGCAGCUUCCAUUCCUGCUGUACCAGGUGACAAGGAAGUUUCGGGAUGAGCCCAGGCCCCGCUUUGGUCUGCUCCGAGGCCGAGAGUUUUACAUGAAGGACAUGUACACCUUUGACUCCUCCCCAGAGACUGCCCGGCAGACCUACAACCUGGUGUGUGAUGCCUACAGCGGCCUGUUUGACAGGCUGGGGCUGCAGUGUGUUAAGGUCCAAGCAGAUGUGGGCAGCAUUGGGGGCACCAUGUCUCAUGAGUUCCAGCUACCAGUUGAUGUCGGAGAGGACAGGUUUGCACUCUGCCCCAGCUGUAGCUUCUCGGCCAAUGUAGAGACACUAGACUUGUCACAAACAAACUGCCCAGCUUGUCAGGGACCUCUGACUGAAACCAAAGGUAUUGAGGUGGGACACACAUUUUACCUGGGCACCAAGUACUCCUCCAUUUUCAAUGCCCAGUUUAUCAACGACCACGGCAAGCUAGCCCUGGCUGAAAUGGGCUGCUAUGGCUUGGGUGUGACACGGAUCUUGGCUGCUGCCAUUGAAGUUCUCUCUACAGAAGACUGCAUUCGCUGGCCUGGCCUCCUGGCCCCUUACCAAGCCUGCCUCAUUCCCCCAAAGAAGGGCAGUAGGGAGGAGGCGGCUGAGGAGCUCGUGGGGCACCUGUAUGACCACAUCGCAGAGGCGGUGCCACAGCUUCGUGGGGAGGUCCUGCUGGAUGACAGAACACACCUGACCAUUGGAAACAGACUGAAGGAUGCCAACAAGUUUGGCUACCCCUUUGUGAUCAUUGCUGGCAGGAAGGCCCUGGAGGACCCUGCACAUUUUGAGGUUUGGUGCCAGAACACUGACGAGGUGGUCUUCCUCACCAGGGAAGGAGUCAUAGAAUUACUGAGCCAAGUGCAGGUGGUUUAAUGCUCCCCAGUGCACUCCUGCCCCAUCUCGCAGUCUCGCUGUUCACUCUGCCUUCUCCUGCCCUCUUUUCUGGCGCUGGUCUCUCCAGAAACAGGGCAGCUCAUGGAAGGUGAGACCAUGUUAGGGAAACCAAUGUUUUUUUUUAAUGCUUAAUAUCUUUUAUUAAAAGUUUAUGUAAGUUUUAGAAUGCUCAAUUUUUACAAGCGCUUUUUUUAUUUUUA